AUGGCGAAGGUUACUGUUAAUACUAACGUACCUCACUAUAACGUUCUUUUGGAUAAGGUCAACGGCCUGAACAUAUCCGGGCCAAAGAACCCAGACCUGACCCAAGGUGUGAGUGAUAAGAAGGAAAACCAAUUGGUUCCGGAAAAGCUUGAAACUUCGGCAGAAGAUUUCCUAGCCCCAGUCAAGACGACGCUCAAAACCAGUGAAGAUGGACCAUACGGUAAAAUCGACGAAUCUAAGGUUUUACACAACAGUUGCAUUCCCCUGCUUUACCAUCACGCUCUGCGCUUCGAGGCCCACACGGAGUUGACAUCCACGGGGGCCCUUUCUUGCCUAUCAGAGGAUAGAUUAACCAUCUUUGAUAGAUAUAUGGCGUCAUUGGGAUGGCUAAUACACGAAAUUGUAGGUGAGAAGACGGGCAGGUCACCCCUGGACAAGAGGACCGUUUUGGACGAUAACACUAGAGACACAGUGUGGUGGGACUCAGUUAACAUACCAAUAGACCUGGAGAGCUUCAACAUGAACAAGAAGUUGGCAGUAGACUUCAUAAACACGAACGAGAGAAUAUAUGUCACGGACGCAUUCGCAGGCUGGGACCCAGACCACAGGCUUAAGGUGCGCGUGGUAAGCAUAAGAGCCUACCACGCGCUCUUCAUGCACAACCUGCUGAUAGUGCCAAGUCAAGAUGAGCUGAAGGACUUUAAGCCGGACUUCACGAUCUACAACGCAGGGCCGUGCGACGCGAAGCCCUCGAUACCAGGAGUGACGAGCAACACGUCGAUAUGCAUCAACUACACGAGCAUGGAGAUGAUCAUCCUGGGCUCGGAGUACGCAGGAGAGAUGAAAAAGGGAAUCCUUACGCUGAUGAUGUACAUCCUGCCGCAGAAGGGGCUGCUGCCGCUGCACAGCUCAUGCAACGUGGACGCAAGCGGGAACGUGACGCUCUUCUUCGGACUCAGCGGCACGGGAAAGACGACGCUCUCCACUGAGCCAAACAGGCUCCUUAUAGGAGACGACGAGCACGUGUGGACGGACCGCGGAGUCUUCAACAUCGAGGGAGGCUGCUACGCAAAGUGCAAGGACCUCAGCAAGGACCACGAGCCUGAGAUAUUCGACGCAAUCAAGUUCGGCUCAGUGCUGGAAAACGUGGUGCUCGACGAAACGAACAAGGUGGUCGACUACAAGGACGUGAGCAUAACGGAGAACACGAGGUGCGCGUACCCGCUCGAGUUCAUCAAGAACGUGAAGCUGCCCGCACUGGUGAACAACCACCCCAACAACGUGAUCUUCCUCACCUGCGACGCAUUCGGAGCGCUCCCGCCAGUGAGUCUGCUUAACACGUCCCAGGCAAUAUACCACUUCGUCUCAGGCUACACGACGAAGAUGGUGGGCACGGAGAUAGGAGUUAACAAGCCGACGGCGACAUUCUCGGCGUGCUACGCAGGGCCCUUCCUGGCGCUGUCGCCGCUGGUGUACGCGGAUCUGCUGUACGAGAAGCUGAGCGGAGGAAAGACCAAGGAAGUCCCGGCAGGAGUGAGCUCCGGCCCCGAGGAGGUGUUGGGUGCCGACGCCGCCAACCUUGACGGCAUGAACUUGGAUAAGGCGAGCCUCGGUGCCGACAGUGUUGGUGGCAACGACGACCCCGGUAGGGUGAACAACAUUGACAACAAAGCCAAUUUCGAGAACCCGAGUAACCCUGGAGCCAACAACAGCUCCUUGGACUUCAGCGGCUUCAACGGAAACAUCAGGGUGUGGCUGCUCAACACGGGCUGGAUAGGAGGCAGCAUAGACUCGCCGAACGGCAGGAGAAUCCCGCUCAAGUACUCGCGAAGAAUCGUCGACGCGAUCAACAACGACGAGAUCAGCAGGGACCCCAAGGACUUCGACGUCAUGCCGUACUUCGGCAUCCUGGUCCCGAGGAACGUCAACGGCGUCCCCAGGGAGGUGCUGAACCAGCAGCUGAGCUGGCCUGACAGGGAGCACUACCUGCAGCAGGUGGAGACUGUGGCUGCGAAGUUCGUCAAGAACUUCAACCAGUACAGGAGCAGGGCCAACUCCCUGAUUCUCAGGGGGGAGCCCAAGCUCACGCAGGCCUGA